CUAAAACUCACAUAAAUACUGACGUUGCCGUACUCCAUCCAAAAGCAUUCCACAAAUUCAUUAUCCUUCAAGCUCACCUUCUUCCACCUUUAAAAAUGAAGGUCAUUGACUUGUUGGACCAUGACCCAUCUGCCUCAGUGCACUCGUUACCAAGUGAAGUCAGCAUUAAAUUAACCGAAAUCUCCAAAGUGAUCUUCAAAUCUAAGAAGGCCACCUUAUUAACUGGGGCAGGGAUUAGUUGCAACGCUGGGAUUCCUGAUUUCAGAUCCAGUGAAGGAUUAUACAACUUGGUGAAGGAAAAAUACCCGAAGACAGUUGUCAAGGGACAAGACUUAUUUGACAUCUCGCUUUUCAGAGACGAGUUAACAUUGCAAGUCUUCUGCACAUUUAUGGAGGGAUUGUACGCUAGCUCUUUGCAAGCAAAACCCACCGAAACUCACAAAUUCAUCAAGCUCUUGAAGGACAAGAAUAAGCUCCUUAGAUGCUACACUCAGAACAUCGAUGGUAUAGAAUCUAAAGUUAAUUUGACCACCGGCAUUAAGUCUUCUGAAUUUCAAACCGAGGAGACCAACAGACGUCUUGUAAAUUCCUCGUUCAAUAAAAAUUGGAAGAACUUAGAUGUGGUCCAACUUCAUGGCGACUUAAACCAAUUAACGUGCACCCAAUGUUUCUCCAACUUUGAGUGGACCAAAAAGUAUCAAAAUAUGUUGUCAAGUGGUGACAACCCAGAGUGCUCAAACUGCUUUCAGAAAUACCAGGAAAGAUUAUAUCUGGGUAAAAGACUCACAGGAAAUAUUGGAAUACUAAGACCUGGAAUUGUUUUAUACGGAGAAAACCACCCUCAAUCAGAAAUCCUCGCUCAAGGCUUGAAUACAGAUAUUAAAUCUAGGCCUGACAUAUUGAUCAUCAUGGGUACUUCUUUGAAGGUUGAUGGAGUAAAGAAGUUGGUUAAAAGUUUAGCUACAUCUAUUCAUGAGAAAGGCGGAAAAGUCAUUUUCAUCAAUAAAACUCAAGUAUCUUCUAGUCAAUGGGACAACUAUGUUGAUUAUCAAGUAUUGUGUGAUUGUGAUAACUUCAUCAAAGUGUUAAAGCAAGAAAUUCCUGAUUUGUUCUUGACCCAGGAACAAUUAGACUCCAAGAGACUUAAGCAACUUGAAGCCAAAAGAAUAAAACAAGAAGCUAGAGAAGAAAAGAAGAUCCAGGUAAAGAAAGAUCCCCAGGUGCUAGUCAAGACGCCUCCUCCAACUCCUACGAAAAGAAAACCUGCUAGACCUGUGCUAAAGAGAAGGGACUUCAAUAGCGAAAGGAGUGUUAAAUUUGGCUUAAAGUAUGAAUUGCCUUCUCCACCAACGAGUUUCAACAAUGAUGUGGUAGUAACCAACCAAGAAUCUGACUUCACUCCUAACAAAAAAAUUAAAACUGAAACUUGAUUAUGUUUCUAUAGAUUUUUAAUGAUUAACGACUUGAUGAUUUUA